CCCACCAUGUAGUUCCGGUUCAGAGGUCAACUCGUCCAAGCAACAACGAAAGAAACACGACGCCGAUCGACAAAACCUUGACAUAAUCGACCCCAGACCACAUUUCAAACAUGUCUCACACCAUCCUGCUGGUGCAACCUACCAAGCGGUCAGAGGGAAGAACGUAUGCCGACUACGAGUCUGUCAACGAGUGCAUGGAAGGCGUGUGCAAGAUGUAUGAGGAGCAUCUGAAGAGAAUGAACCCCAACAGUCCGUCAAUCACGUACGACAUCAGCCAGCUCUUUGACUUCAUCGACGACCUGGCAGAUCUCAGCUGUCUGGUGUACCGCGCAGACACGCAGACAUACCAGCCCAACAACAAGGACUGGAUCAAGGAGAAGAUCUACGUGCUACUGCGACGUCAGGCCCAGCAGGCCGCCAACUGAAGCUGGAAAACGUCUUUCUCUUCUUUUCAUAGAACAAAGCGUACGCCGUUUCCCUUUGCCGUUUGUUUCCCACUUGAAGGAAGGCAUAUUCUCUAUUUUAAUGUUUCCGUUUCAAAUAGACUUCAUUUACAUUAAGAAAAAAAAACUCAGCAAUUUCACAUCGGUUUGCUUUGUAUGUUGAAAUUAUGCAAGAAGAAGCCAUGACCUAUUUGCUUGAAAGAAUCUGAAAAGGAAUAUUGCAGUUUUACAAGAAGAAAAAAAAACAAAACGCAAUUGUCUGCGGAUUAUUUUACAAGAAAUCAAAAUUCAAUUCAUGAGAAUUAAGUUGGAGUUUCAAGGGAAGGUAUAGUCAAUAUUUCUUUCCAAUAUGUUUUAUCCAAUGAAUAUUGCGUUUGCGGGAGAUGAAUUAAAAAAAAAAUCAGCUGCUUUUAUCCAUGGCCAUUUUGCUUGCCACUUGUCAACUGAAACUGACACCACAGUUGCUAAGGUAACGAACGUCAAGACUCACCUGUUUUCUGGGUUUGGUCAUGUGAUGUUUGUAGACUGAGCCCUUUGGCACUGUGAUGUCAUUUUCCGUCAACAGACAGAAAGUGGCAGCGCAAGUCAAAUUGUUGGAUUUGAAGUUGUACUAAGCUAGCAUUGGCUCGUUACGUUGUUGACCCGGCGAUUUUCACCCUGGGGAUACUUUUGACCCAGCAGUUUUAAAGGUUUAUGUACAUGAUCCCACCCAAAAAAUACUGUAAUUGAAUUCUGAUUUUUUUUUUUACAUGAAUAAAGUUGUAAUUUACAGAACAAAAGUUGUCAUGUAGUUCAAACUAAAGUUGCAAUUUUACAAAAACAAUUUGGGAAUUCUGGCAGGGGG